AACUACAGCUCCCUGCCUCCCUCUCUCCUCUCCUCUCCCUCCCGUCGCCACUCACGCUUCCCCCGCAGCCUCUCUCUGUUUUCUUGGACUGCAGCAGAAAAAUCCGCUGCAUCGCACAGGAACAGAGAGCAGAGAUCCCGGCUGCGAUGUCUGCUCCCUCCGCAUCCGCGUGAGUGAGACGCGAACCGGGGGACGGAGCCGUCGGACUCGUCGGGCUCGCUGCGAUGCUUUCUGGCUCCCGCGGAAUUGAUUCGCCCUGCUGAGUUCUGACCGGGCAGAAUUCGGAUAGGGUCUCUGUCUGAACUCUGUCUGGUAACUCCCAUUCAAUGGAAGUAGACAUGAUUGUUUAACCUUUACAUACCUGGCUGCUGGUUAUUUUCUCAAAUCUUAAACAGCAUCUCACCCUGUCUUGAGAUAAAUCAUCAGUAAUAAGCAAAGAGGUACUUUAAAUUUACAUUUAGUGCCAACUCUCCCUGUGCCAAGAUGGAUGAAGCACCUAACAACAGGACUUCCUUGGUCAAAGGUGCCAAGGACAUCGCAAAGGAAGCCAAGAGGCAUGCUUCCAAAAAUUUCAACAAAGCCGUUGAUCGUGCCUCUGACGAAUACUCUGCCCAACGCAGCUACAACCGCUUUCAAAACGAGGAUGAGGACAACUACAACGCUUACAAUCAGCCGGACAGCCAAUACGGUGACAAUGCAGCCAACGACGACGACGGGGCGUCCAGCGACGCAACCGAGGGCCACGACGACGAAGAUGAGAUCUACGAAGGAGAGUACCAAGGCGUGCCGGCCUCCAACAACGAAAAGCCCCGGGAUGACCAGGUGGCUCUGGGCCUAAAGAGCCUCAAGAGCCAAAAGGAGCUGGAAAACGAGAGGCAGGCGGACGAGGAGGAGCUGGCUCAGCAGUACGAGCUGAUCAUGCAGGAGUGUGGCCACGGGAGGUUCCAGUGGCAGCUUUUCUUCGUGCUCGGACUGGCGCUCAUGUCUGACGGUGUGGAAGUGUUUGUGGUGGGGUUCGUCCUGCCCAGCGCCGAGACGGACAUGUGCGUCCCCAACUCUGGCGCGGGAUGGCUCGGCAGCAUUGUGUAUCUGGGUAUGAUGUUCGGAGCGUUUUUCUGGGGCGGCCUGUCAGACAAGGUGGGCCGCAAACAGUGCCUGCUCAUAUCCAUGUCCGUCAACGGCUUCUUUGCUUUCCUCUCCUCCUUUGUUCAAGGCUACAGUAUGUUCCUCCUCUGCCGCAUGGUGUCUGGCUUUGGGAUUGGCGGCGCGGUGCCCAUCGUGUUCUCGUACUUUGCGGAGGUCUUGGCCAGGGAGAAGCGAGGUGAGCACCUGAGCUGGCUCUGCAUGUUCUGGAUGAUCGGAGGGAUUUACGCCUCAGCCAUGGCCUGGGCCAUCAUCCCACACUACGGGUGGAGCUUCAGCAUGGGGUCAGCCUACCAGUUCCACAGCUGGAGAGUGUUUGUGGUGGUCUGUGCGCUGCCAUGCGUCUCCGCGGUGGUCGCUCUCACUUUCAUGCCCGAGAGCCCCCGCUUCUUCCUGGAGACAGGGAAACACGACGAGGCCUGGAUGGUCCUCAAACACAUCCACGACACCAACAUGCGGGCCCGAGGAGAGCCUGAGAGAGUCUUCACCGUGAACAGGAUAAAAAUCCCCAAACAGCUGGACGAGCUGGUGGAGAUGCAGAACGAGUCGGCCAACCCGGUGCUUAAGGUCCUCUGCAAAAUCAAGGCUGAGCUCAGAGGGAUAUGGCUGACUUUUAUGAGAUGCUUCAGCUACCCAGUGAAAGAAAACACAAUGAAGCUGGCAGCAGUCUGGUUCACUUUGUCGUUUGGGUUUUACGGGCUGUCGGUGUGGUUCCCCGACGUCAUCAAACACCUUCAGGCCGACGAGUACGCCUCCAGAGUGAAGAUCCAUCACAACGAGCGCAUCGAAGACUUCACCUUCAACUUCACACUGGAGAACCAGAUCCACAGAAACGGAGUCUUUAUGAACGACAGGUUUCUCAACAUGAAGUUCAAGGCGGUGACGUUUAUAGACUCGUCUUUUAUCAACUGCUAUUUCGAGGAUGUUUCCUCUGUGGGAUCCUCCUUCAAAAACUGCACCUUCGUGGACUCUUUCUUUUACAACACGGACGUAGAUGAUGCCAAGUUGACAAAUUCAAGAGUGAUCAACAGCUCCUUCCACCACAACAAAACCGGUUGUCAGAUGACGUUUGACGAUGACUACAGCGCCUACUGGGUCUACUUCGUCAACUUCCUGGGAACGCUGGCCGUGUUGCCGGGGAACAUCGUGUCCGCUCUCCUCAUGGACAAGAUAGGACGCCUCAGCAUGUUAGGAGGCUCCAUGGUGCUAUCGGGAAUCAGCUGCUUUUUUCUUUGGUUUGGCACCUCCGAGUCCAUGAUGAUCUUCAUGCUCUGUCUCUACAACGGUCUCAGUAUCUCUGCGUGGAACUCCCUGGAUGUAGUCACCACUGAGUUGUACCCGACAGACAGGAGGGGUACAGGAUUUGGCUUCUGUAAUGCCAUAUGUAAGUUGGCAGCAGUUCUUGGCAACCUGAUUUUUGGCUCCCUGGUUGGCAUCACCAAGGCGAUUCCUAUUCUCCUGGCGUCAGCUGUUUUGGUUGGUGGCGGACUGGUGGGCCUCCGACUACCAGACACACGUUCCAACGUCCUCAUGUGAACGCCGGCCAAGAAAACGGGGUUACCAGGUUUUUACUCAGCCUACUGAACACUUGGUUCUCAGCUAUUGUUUAUUUAAAUGUCACUGAAACAGUUAUUGCUGCCAUUGCCCAAAAGUAUUUCAUUUCAAAGAAACAAUGCUAAGCAUCGCAACUACUCAAAAUUACAGGUAAUGGUUGUUCAGUUGAUUCUGAGUAAAAUACCUGCUGAAGACUCGAAAGCAGUUUUACAGAGCUGCAGAUGUACAGAGAAAGCUUGUAUGGAAAAUUGUCGUACAGAUGCACCAGAUGCCAGUUUUACUUUUUUCCAGAACUGUUGGUGUUUAAAGCAAAAGGCUCAGCAGCUCAUUAGCUACAAGCUUUUUCACACAUGCAAGCCACAAAGGUGUGUACAAAAGCUGCAAAAGACUUGGGGUUUCAGCAACCUUUCAUAUCAUCCCCAGUAUUGCUCAGAAAGAAAGUACAUGCAGACACAAUUACACGGCUUUUCAGUUAGUGCUGCAAACGAUCACCAAAACAACAUUAUCGUCAAACAUUUUGUUACUUUUUAAAUAAUAAUUUUCCACAUAUUGUUGGAGUUUAUUUUUUUUAUAUAGUAUCCUUACAACGACAUCAGUAGUAAACAUUAUAUUAAUAUUGCAAAUGUUCAUCAACAAACCAAAGAAACUUUAUUAGAUGUUGGAUAGAUUAAGAAUUGCAAAAGAUGACUUACAGUGUCAAUCUUCUUACAAAACCUUUCCAUUAACAGCUGCUCUGUUUUAUUAUUAAUUUAUCAUUUAUUUGUCAUAGCAGGAGCAGCUGUUAUGGUCAAAAUAAAAGUCAAUAUAACAAAACUUCUCCAAAGCAAUCCUUUAUAAGGAACCUCUAGAGUAAAUUCCAUUAUUCAGACAUUGAGCCUUUAUAGUUUUGCACCGAUGUAGCAUCUCAUCAUUUGAAAAGACGUGAAAGUUACAGUAUGGUGAAAAGAGGCUUUUCUACAUGUCUCCAUGUUCUACAGCCUGUAAAGUGUUUACUGACUGCUGCUCUAGUGUGACACCCAGUGGUUGUUUUUUGGAAUUGCACAUUAUGACCUCAGAUUUGAAAAAAUAAAAUAAAAUACAAACUAGACCCUGGAAAAUUCAACCUGAAGAUAUGAUUUAAAGAAAGUGCACAACUGAAAUUCAAAGGUUUUACUAUGUUGACGUAUUAGAGUCAUUGUACAUUAAGUUCAGAAAUAAAAAAAAAAACAAGGACAUUAUCGAGUUCAAAAAGUCAAAAAAUGAGCAACUUUUGGAAACUUACUGAAUUUCAAAAGUUGCAAAUGUUUGACUUUUGGAUCUUAGAAAUUGUUCCUAGAAAAUUUCUAGAAAACUGACUCAUCUAAAAAUUUCUUGGGCAGAAUAUUUCUUUGCCUUUUCCAUUUAUUAAGACCCAAAUACACCAUCUUAUUUUGACACGUUUAUGGGGUGGGCUUCUCACAAUCGUUCCCAUUUUGACUUCAUUUGCUUUUGUUUUCCUUUAUGAAUACUGGUGGAAUCACUGGUACGCUGAAUAACAUGGCGUACGUUGAGAAUGAUAACAAUCCUUUUAUGCAAAUCCAACUGCAAGCUCCUAAACCUCUCAUUACAACCCUACAUAGUUUUAGCCUUGGGCUUCUUUACUUGUGCUUCUCGUCACCAGUUAGAAACUGAAAACAUGUUCUGCAUAUAUUUAGUGAUGAACAUGUAAUGAAAGGUUGAUGAUCAUCAAGUCUUUUGACGCAAAUUGCAAGACUGACAAAGUCUUAAGGUAAAAACAAAAAUUAAAAAAAAAAAAAUAAAUAAUGAAGUAGUAGUUUAGUCAAAACUGGCAACUUCUGCAGCUACAUUUCUAAAUAAUGAAAAAAGUUUACAUUUUCUGCUUUUUACUGUGGAGACUUUUGGGAGUCGAGUCCUUUUUUGUCUGAACGCUUCCUGUCUCUUCCUCUCUUCGUGUCUCUGUGCGCGUAGCGGCGUCAAGCUCGCCACGAAGGGCUUCGCUCUUCUGUAAAGAAUCAACGCCGCAGGACGCUUCUGUCGAUGUCUGAACUUGUGCUUCUCUUUCUUUCUAUCUUUCUCCUGUCGGUUUGCUCACGGUGUCCCUUGGCCCUCUGUGACCUUUGUUUACCUCCUCUGCCUUGCUGCUGCUCCCUGUGAAACUCAAAAGCCUUUCUCUGAACUUGUGCCUCUCUCUCUCUCUCUCUCUCUGUAGCCCAGCUCUUCCAAACCUCUGCUGGACGCUUUUGCUGCUCUUUCUUGCUUUUCCCCCCCCUUUGGUCCCUUAUUGAUGUGUGUGGGUGUAUGUGUGCGAGCGUGAAUGUUGUGACACUCAAUUUUUGAUUUAUUUUUGUUUGUACCAUUCAAGUGUGCUGCACAAAAGGUUCAGUUAACAUCCUUUACCCACAAUAAAAGCCAUGUCGAUGGCGUUAGCUCUCAGAAACGUCUGCAAAUUGUAUUUGCGAAACGGCCGACUGUUUUAGUCUGCCGCGCAAAUUGUUCUUUUUAGAUCUCAGCACAAUGAGAGCAAAUGUUUAAAUGUUCUGCGAGUCUCGAGCAAGUAAAUAAUUUUAGAAAUGGUUUUGAAGUUUUAGGAGAUAACUGUUACAACUCAAUUUGAAACGCUGCUAUUGUACUCUUCCUUACAGGAUGCCUCCAUUUUUAUUGAAUGGAGGGCCUUUGAGUAAACUGUAAUGAUCAACAGAGCUUCGGUUGUGCAACAGGAUUCAAGGAUAAACCAUCAUAUCUGGAAAUGUUCAGUAACAACGCAUUUCCUAAUUUGGUAGAGCUUUCAUUCUUAAUAGUUUCUGCAUUUAUUUGUCAUUAAUAAAUCCCACUACAGCACGUUAGGGCCGUGGUAGUCAGGAACCAAAGAAGCACAUUUCCUUCAAAGCACUCAGAAAUUUUGAGCUUAAUGUAAGAAAUUGUCGAACAUUGCAAAGAAAAACUCAGAAAUGUUUGACUUUUUCAAAGUUUUCUCUCUGAAUGUUUUUGGAGUAAAUUUCCUCCCUCGUCUAUAAUGGCCCUCGUACAUCGAACGAUUUUUCUUUCUUUAGACGUUUCACCUGAUUUAAAGACUUCUCCUCACUGCGUUUGGCGCUUUUACCCUGGCAGCUCCAACUUGUGCUGAACAAACGUCUCUCAAAAAUCCUGCAUGUUUGUGACUAAAGUCUCCAUGUUGUGUGCGCCCCUCGCCCCGGCUCUCCAGCCAUUUUCCCGCAUCUUCGUUGUUCCUCUGCGCGGGUCAGGAGACGUGUUUUCCCGGGUCGAUGAAUGUACCACUUCCUGCGUGUCGUCAGACGUGUCAUGGACGGAGGCUCACGGAGCCGCUAGAAAUGUACGUCCCGCAAACUGUCCGCCCAGCAGAGGCGCUCGGGUCUGUGUCCAGAGUGUUCUUAGUUCGAUGGAUUGCCACAUUCGGGAACACGUUGCCGGAAACGAGCAACAAAGAUUCGAGGACCUUUGCUGUCGAAUAAUGUGUGAAACAAUUUACGUGUCCUUGAUAUGAUUUAUUUUGAUAAGAAAAGAGAAUGAGGCGUUACAGGUGGAUUCCACAAACUGAAUAAAGAGUUUCAUUUGAA